GUGUACUGGCUGAACUGAUUAGCCCUAUCUUCCCCUCAUCUUGCAGCAGCACAGGCAGUCAGUGCCUGGUAGCGAUUUAAACGAGGGCGUAAGGACUUGAGGCAGCAGUGAAUGCAUUUCCCACAGACUGUGGUCGUACUUUUCUCCACUCGUACGGAUUACCACUGAGUUCACAUAUCGCCUAAACGCCGUAUCGCAUUUCCCCCGCUGCAUUUCUCCAUCUGAAGGCCUGUCACAGAGUAAAGUGUCUCGGUGUGCGUGUGUUUAGACAGCGGAGCGAGAGCAGCAGUGUGUCCCCGAUGGCUGGCUGGAAGGACGGCUCAGUGCAGGAGAAAUAUCGCCUGGUGGUCGUCGGAGGUGGAGGCGUCGGAAAAUCAGCAUUAACCAUCCAGUUUAUCCAGUCAUACUUCGUCACUGACUAUGACCCUACGAUUGAAGACUCCUACACAAAGCAGUGUGUGAUUGACGAGAGGCCUGCACGGCUGGACAUCCUGGAUACAGCAGGACAGGAAGAGUUUGGAGCCAUGAGAGAACAAUACAUGAGGACAGGGGAGGGCUUCCUUCUCGUCUUCUCUGUCACUGACCGGGGAAGCUUUGAAGAGAUCUACAAGUUCCAACGACAGAUCUUGAGAGUGAAGGACCGGGAUGAAUUUCCCAUGAUUCUAGUGGGUAACAAAGCUGAUCUUGAGCAACAGAGACAAGUGACCCAGGAAGAGGGUCAGCAGCUCGCCCGACAACUCAAAGUCACAUACAUGGAGGCCUCAGCUAAGAUCCGUAUGAAUGUAGACCAGGCUUUCCACGAGCUGGUCCGAGUCAUAAGGAAGUUCCAGGAGCAAGAGUGCCCACCCUCGCCGGAGCCCACGCGCAAAGAGAAGGAUAAGAGCGGCUGCCAUUGUGUGAUUGUCUAAUUGGCCUUUCACUGCCGCCACUCACCCAGCUGCUGUCACCGGUCCCUGCCCCCCACCCUGCCUUCUGACAUCACGUCCUGUGCGGAUGAAUUCGCUGCCUUUCUACAUGUGCAUGUCUUCAAAACAGCAGUCUCUCUCAUAGCCUUAUCAGGGGCAUUUGUGCCUCUAGGACUUCACUACUAGAAGAACCAAACUGACAAAAUCUUGAUGGAACUCGCCAUUCUACCUUCAACUAGAGUACUGACAUCAGUGUGACCUAGAAUAUGGUAAUCGUGCCCCAACACUAAACAUCGCUUCUUACAAAUUUGCUAUAAAACACACACACAAUUCCUUUUUUUUGUAUUUUGAAGGGUUUUUUUUCUCUUGCCUUGUGACAUUUGUACGUUUGCUGAGAUGGAAAGACUAAACGAAACACCAUUGAGAUUGCAGACGACUUUUAGUCACGAGAUCUAGAUUGAGAUGAUGUUCUGAAGCUUUGUGUGUGUGUGUGUCGUGCCAUAUCUGUUUUUACUUCCAUAUGCUAAGCAGCGAUUGUACAUAAGUGAAGAUUCGAGUUGAGACCACCUUUAUAAUGACAAAACUCAGUCGCAGAGUAUUGUGUGUGAGGUUGACGAGCUUGUUUUGACAUGCAUUAAAACAAUAAUGUAUUCGCAGAUAUGUACAUAGAUAGAUAGCCUCUAACAUUAUGCCAGUUUUGUCAGCAGUGAAGUCAGUUUGCCAACUUAUUGUAUGGUCAAGAUGUCAUUUUUUGUUCGCAUCGUAAGGCUUCUUGGCAUGUAUGGGUUUGAUUUUAUUUUAUUUUUUAAAGGGAUAGUUCACCUAAAAAUGAAAAAUCAUUCACUUAGCCUGUUCCAAACCGAACCCUUUUGUCUGCAGAACACAAUUUUUUAUUUUUUUUUGUCCAUACAAUAAACAGGGAUGUGAUUUUCAGUUUGUUUUAAUAUUUAUACUGAUUUUCAUAUUUUCUGACCUGCUUUCAGACCCACUUGAAUUAUGUGUGUG